CAACAUGUCCGGUGGAGCAACUCGUCGUGAAAAGAAAGAGCAACCAAAAAAAGAGACGACUAUUUUCCUCCAGUGGGAAGCUUCGCCACUCCAACAAAUCCAAGAGCUGCUGAGGAAGAGUACGGAUGAACUUCAGAGUGAAAUAGCAGAGAUUCUGGGCUUCAGGAGCCAUCACAUCUGUAUGAAGGAAGCUGCUCUGCUGGAUUACUAUGUCUGUGGUUUCUGGUGGGCAAAAGAGGCCAACUUCACCCCCGUACAGAUCUCCUUCACCAUGGCUUUACUGCACAUGCUGCUGGAUAACAUAAGAGAGAAACAGAUGGCUCUAGUGGAGAACUUAAUGGAGUUUGCUAAGGCCUUAGGUGCUGCCAGCCAGUGCUCACCUUCAGAGGAAGACACCACUCCACUUCUGGAAAGAGAAGAAGCCAUGGAACUCGUAAAUUACAUCAGAAACAGUCUGUUUCAGAAAUACAGCCUCUAUGAGCUUCUCUUCACCACAUCCAGAGAAGAGCUACUGACAGGCAUGGAGAGGGCCAUUGAGGUGAUUAGCUGUCAGGAUGCUCUCGCUCCAUCAUCAGAAGACAUUUCCACUCACCUCUACUUCCAGUAAAUGGCUCUGAAAUA